AUGGCAGGUUAUGCAGUAAACAUCGCAGCAAGCAAAAUAAAAAAUAUUAACAUCGGUAACCCUACCGAUCGAGAAGGAACUGGUCAGAGGCUAGUGAGAGCGGCUGAAUUCAAUUCCUCGAGUUCAGGCGACAAAAAAUCACAUGUUCUGAUCAUUUGCAAUUUUGAACAUGAACUUCUGGGAUACAGAAGGGACGUGAGAAUGUUGAGAGAAAUGUGGGAAAAUUUUGGAUGUGAAGUAAAAGUGAAGAGAAAUUCAAGUGCGGAAGGUAUGAGAAGAGCUGUUAGGAAUUUCGCUAAUGAAACUUGCACUGGCAUAGAAACCUUCAUCGCCGUUUUCGUAUUGUCACAUGGUGUAGAAAAUGAUUAUAUUCUUGGAGUGGACCAAAACAUUAUCCACGUAUCUGAGAUUAUUGACCGAUUCAACAACAAAAAUGUUCAAUUACAAAACAUACCGAAGUUGUUCUUCUUCCAGAUGUGCAGAGGAGGUCGGCGUGAUCGAGGUGUGAGAAACACCCAGGUUGCCGCACAGAGGGAGCGUCCGCCUAGGAUUCCGCUAGUGUGUGAUACACUCGUUACUUACCCGGCACAACAAGGAACAAUCGCAUUUGUGGAAGAAACGGGAAGCUGGUUCAUACAGGCGCUUAUUGAAGUGUUCAGGGAAAACCAUGAAAGAAAGCAUGUGGUCGACAUGCUCACGAUGGUCAACAAAAUAAUGGCAGAGGAAACAGCCAGACAUGAUAACGACCAAGAUAUUAAUGGCGCUAAAGCAAUGAGUGAAUUCACGUCAACUCUACGUGAUGAUGUCUACAUUUUGGGUGGCCAAUAG